AUGUCUAUGGAUAUGGGUAUGUCAAUGGCACCGACCAGCACCGGUAUGGCCAUGUCCAGUAUGGUUAUGGUACCGACUGCUAGUGACAUGGCGCCUAUGGCAACCUCAUCAGGCGGUAUGGGCGGUAUGGACGACGCAAUGGAUAUGAUGGGCGGAUGCAAAAUUAGCAUGUUGUGGAACUGGAACGUACUCGAUACAUGCUUUAUUUCAGAAUCAUGGCACGUUCGCUCCAAAGCCAUGUUCGCCGGCUCCUGCAUCGGUGUCGUCCUCCUCGUUAUCCUCCUUGAAUUUCUGCGCCGUGCAGCGAAAGAGUACGAUCGCUACAUCGUUUCACAACACUCCAAGACACUCGCUCCCUCAACGAUCGGUUCCUCUGCUUCUUCCGCAUCGAAUGACAACGGCACGACUAAGAAUCCCGCCGCUACUACUGCUGCUGCUUGCGGCCCUGUAGCCACCACAACGAGCAAGUUCCGACCGAGCGUUAUGCAACAGGCGAUUAGGGCAGCAUUGCACAUGUGUGCAUUUGCGGUGGCGUAUUUCGUCAUGUUGUUGGCGAUGUAUUACAACGGAUACUUCAUCAUCUGCAUCUUCAUUGGGGCAUAUUUGGGCUACUUUAUCUUUGGGUGGGAGAGCUUCAACGUGAGUAGCGGAGGCGACGAUCGUAUGCAGGAGAACGCUACGGUUUGUUGCGGAUAG